AUGCCCCUUGCCUUUCUACACACACUCCUCUUCCUUCUUAAGCUCCUAACAAACGACGGUUCCACAAUUUUAAAAAAAAAAAAUUAUCUAGCCUUUUUAAAAAAGAACGUUUCCCAUUUUUCUGGCAAGGUAAAUUUUUUCAAAAAAAAAAAUUUACUUGAGCUUAAAAAAAAAAAAAAAAAUGAUGAUUUCAAAAAUAGAGGGGUCUCAAAAGGAGGAAAUUACAGCAAUGAUGGCACAGAUGUAGUAGGAAAUCAGUCAAACAAUUUUAGUGAUCAUGUAAAAAAAUCGAAACAAGAGAUGAGUAAAUCAUUCAAUGGAAAAAAAAAAACAUAUAGUAAAAAGGAAGUUAAGAAGUUAUAUGAACAAUUUAAAAAUGUGAAAAGAAAGAAAAAAGAACAAGUGAGGAGUAGUUACUUACCACAAACGGAUAAGGAAAAAGAAAUUCAUAUCAGUAAGUCUGAAAAAUUGUGCCAGCAAAAAAGAGAUCAUUUCGAUAAGGUUAAGAAGUUUAGAAAGGAGAAUUAUAGUAGACAAAGAUACAGCUACAAAAAGAGAAGUAGAAAGGAAGAGAAAAUUCUGAACAUGUUUGAAAAGAACUUAAAGCACUCUAUUGAAAAAUUAAACAAAAAAACGAGAAAAUAUGAAAUGUUUAAGGGAAAUGCAAAUUUGAAAAAAGGCAUUCUGCAGAAUGAAAUUCUUCAAAAGGUUUUAGCUAAGGGACAUACGGAAAAAGAAAAAAAAAAAAAAAAAAAAAAAAAAAUCAAGGAAAAAAUCGUGGAAAGAACUGCAGGUCAAAACGCGAAUAAAAUGGAGACAAAUAUCAGGAAAAAGGACCCCAAACAAUAUAACAUGAAUAAGAAUAUUAAUAAGAAAACAUUUAUCGACGAUAUUGGUAUCGAUGUAGACGGUAAGAAAGAAGUAGAUCUUCGCACGAAUGAAAGCAGUAUAAAAUUUUAUAUGCAUGAUGAACCAAAAGGGGGGAGGUCUGACGAGGAGAAGAUAGAAAAGAAAAGGCCGAAUGGAAACGGACAUAAGCAUAAGGAACAACAAAAUAAGCAAAAGAAGCGGCAAAUGGGAAAGCCAGUGCGCACAGGGCAGCCGCCGAAGAAUGACCAUUCGAGGGAACUUUCCACUGCUGGUAACAUGAGUAAGAAGAGUGUAGAGAGUAACAACAGGGGAGAGAAAAAAGUGGAGCAAAUGGAUCUAAUGGAUCAAACGGAUCAAAUGGACAAAACGAACCAAACGGACAAACCUAACCAAACGGACAAACCUAACCAAACGGACAAAACGAACCAAACGGACAAACCUAACCAAACGGACAAACCUAACCAAACGGACAAAACGAACCAAACGGACAAACCUAACCAAACGGACAAACCUAACCAAACGGACAAAACGAACCAAACGGACAAAAUGGUUCAAAUGGACCAAAUGAACAAAACAUACCACACGAAAAAAAUGGACGAAAUAGGCCAAAUGUACCAUGGGGGUGCAUUUAGGAAUGUACUAAAAAUGGGAAACUCUAUCGAUAAUUUUCGCAGAGAAAUAAUAAUACGGGAUAGUUCAUCUAAAGAAUGUAAUGGUGUGAAAAGACGACUAGCGAAAUUUGAUAGUAUCAUAGACUUGAAUGCAGGAGCCGGUACCCAGAUGAAGGAAAAAAAAAAUGUACAAAGUGAGAAGUAUAAUUUUAGCGACCUAGGAAUUUAUGAUAAUUUUAUAAAUGUCUACUUAAAAUAUAACGACAUUGAAAUUCCGACAGAAUACCAAAAAAAGUUUAUACCUAUGGUAAUAUUUUUUCUGAACAAUUCCUAUUCUGACUUGAUAAAUUGUAUAGACUGUGUAGGAGGCGUAGUAGCAAGACAUCCAUUCUUGCAUAUCAAAUUUGAUGAUAAGGAUGACGAGAAUAAAGAAAAGAAGGAAUAUGUUAAUAAUGAUAACGUAAAGAGGGUGAUAGAGCAGAUAAUAUAUGUAAACAAAUAUAACGAGAGGAGUAAUAAACUUAUGAGAACCUUUUUUCUUCAUUGUCCUACAGGGACAGGGAAAACGUUCAUAUAUUUAUUACCACUUUUUCAGCAUAUUAGUAAUAUUAACUUAUAUGAGUAUAAAAAGAAGUUAAAUGUGGAGAAGAAUUAUGAGGAGAGCCCUUUUUUUUUUUUUUCUAGUCAUAAUAAAAAUAAUCUUUUUUAUGAAAAUAAAAAAAUUAACGACAACGUUACCUCUUUCCUUUGCACGUCAUCAGUAAAAGAAAAUUUUUUCAUUCACCAUAAUAUCCAAAAAGUUAAGAAUACGUUGAGUUAUUUAAAGAAAAAUAAAGAUAUGCAGGGUAAUGAAAAGAUAACACAAAGUAGUAAAAUAAAAGAGAAUGAGAUAGGUAAGAACAACAUGGGGCAUGUACAUUUUACAAGUGUAAAUGACUAUAUAACAAAAAUAAAAAAAAUAAAAAAGGAUAUUCUUAUUCUUACAUACAAUAAGGAAUUAAGUGUACAAAUAUAUGAAUUAUAUAAAGAUAUAAUUAACUCUUUUUAUAAAUCUUUUAAUUCAAAAUUUUUCAUACAUAAUAAUUCAUUUAUAUUCUCCAAAUAUAUGGGGGAAGAGAAAAAAAAUGAUCCUUUUAUUGAAAAAUUGAAUUUACUUUUUAAAAAAAAUAUUAACAUAAAUGUGUACUUACUCAUAGGAGGAAAUAACAUUAAUUAUCAGUUAAAAAGUUUAAAGAAAAAAAAAUUAAAUGUGUUAAGUGAAAAUGGUCAAAGAAAUGAUUUAACCGAGGUAACUUCUAAAAGUGAAGAUGAUAAACAAAGGGUCAUCAGGACUGAUAGUCUUCAAAAUAACCAUCAAGCUAGCGAAAAAAAAGAGACGGAGGAUGAUGAUUUAAUACAUAUUAACGUUUAUGUAGGAACCCCAGGACGAAUAGAAAAACUUAUUUAUGAAAAGAAAAUCAUAAAACUAGAAAAUAUUUCUACAGUUAUUUUUGAUGAAUACGAUUUUUUCAUUAAUGCACCCAAAAAAGGGAAUCAGCAAAAAAAUUACACGAGUAAGAACAAUAAAAUAGAUAUAGAAAUAGAAAAUAAAUUCUUCUCAAAAAUAUUGAGAGGAAUUUAUUUAAAUAAUAAGGAUAAUAAAAUGGGCAAUAGUAAUAAUAAUGUAGAAGUGAACGAAAAAAAAAAAAAAAUAUCACUUACCAAUGUCAUAUGUUGUAGUGCUACCCCCGCGGUCUACCCAUUUCUGAUCUAUACAAAGCACGUAAUUACAACGAACUUUCUAAAAAGCUUAACAUAUGGUCAUUAUCGGAACGCGUGCGGUAAUUCAACUGUCGCAGGGAAAGAUGAGUUACAUGAAAAUGUAGACACUCACGCAGGAAGAGAAAUUAACGACAAAAGUGUUCGCAAAAUGGAUGAACAGAACGAAAAGAACGAAAAGAACGAACAGAAUGAACCGAGCGAACCGAGGGAACAAAAUAAACAGAACGAACAAAGCGAACAAAACGGACAAAACGUACAGAACACACGGAAUAGAGACCUACGGACAAACUUCUAUCAAGGAACGGAGAAAAAAGAAGACCAACAGUUAAAAAAAGACACUUCUAUCAUUAACUACGAACGAGAGGAAAGCAUGUUAAAUGAUUUGUUCAAGCUAAAAGAAUUUGGAAAUAUCCCCAGCAAUUUGAUACAUUUAAAUUAUUGCUACGAUAAGAAAAAUAAAGAAAGAAAUAAUAAUGCAACCUCGAACUUUUUAAGGGUUUUAUUUUCAAAUCCAUUAAAUAAAAAUGUUUUGGUAUUCUGCAACACGAAGAAAAAGGUUAUGGAUCUAUGGAGCCUUUUUAGAAAUCGCUUCGAUGUCGAUAUUCAGACCAUCUUUGCUCAGAAGGAUAAAGGAAAGAAGAAAAUAUUCAAGGAUAUAAAUUACGCAAACUUCUUUAAAAACGACAUGGUUGAUUAUAAAAAUUUAAAAAAAUACGUAAAUUUUAUGUUUAUAUCUACCAAUUUAUUAUAUAGAGGAAUCAAUUGUACGGGUUUCACGACGAUCAUUAAUUUUGACAUGCCUUCGACCCCCACGGAAUAUGUACACAGGUGUGGAAGAAUAGGCAGAAUAAACAAUAAGGGAGCUGUUAUAAACAUUUUUGAGAAAAAGGAUAAAAGAAGUUAUAGAAAAAGAAUAUUCAAAAUGUUAAAUGUUCACGUUUACGAUGUCGACUGUUACAUGAACAACUUGUUUACCUUAAAGGGAAACGAAAAAAACAGCUGA